UCUGAGACAGUUACAGCUGAUCGUUCCUGUCCGGUAACACCUGUGAAGCGAGCAGUAACCUGAUGGGUUGUCGUGACAUUUGACUGAAGGCGGUUUUCCAACCUGUCUGCAGCCUUUUGGUGUGGCAGCUGCGCGAUGAGGUGACUGCUGUGUUGUAGAUAUGGAUCAGAUGGAAGAAGCCAGAGUGUCGUGCUCCAGCCUCCUCACCUACCACAGAGAGCUGCUGGUGACCAGGCUGAGGAGCGUCCAGUGCGUCCUGGACAACCUGUUCGCCUGUGGCUUCUUCUGUCAGGAGGAUAUCGAGAUUGUUCAGCAGACUGCCACCAAGGCCAAUCAGGUGCGCAAAAUCCUUGAGUUAGUCCAGUGCAAAGGGGAGCAGGCCUGUGAAUAUUUAAUCUUCAUCAUUUAUAAAGUAUGUGACGCAUACAUAGACCUGCAGCCAUGGCUAAAAGAGAUCAACUACAACCCAGGGGGCGAUGUAACGGUGAUGAAGGUGGUUAACACAGAUCCAAUCAGCAGAUACUGUGAGAAGUUGAGACACGAAAUGAGCCGGGACACCAGCUUCAUCAUGUCGUACGGCCAGCAAGAGGAGACCCGGCUGGAGGACCUCUACACCAACACCGUCAUGGAACUGUUGAAUGACUGCAAUGAAAGUCUGGGCUUCUUAGAGAGUCUGGACCAGCUCCUGGGAGAUGAUGCGGUUUUCAAUCCCCAAGGUGAAAUCAUCUAUGUGAUGGGGGAUGCUGGUGUGGGAAAAUCCAUCCUCCUGCAGAAGCUCCAGAACCUCUGGUCUAAAAAGGAGCUGCAGACAGAUGCCAUCUUCUUCUUUAAGUUUCGCUGUAGGAUGUUCAGCCCCUUCAAGGAUGCAGAACAGAUCUCUCUCAGAGACCUUCUGUUCAAACACAACUGCUACCCAGAUCAUGAUCCAGAUAAUGAAGUAUUUGAUUACAUCCUACGUUUCCCUGGGAAAGUUGUUUUUACCUUUGAUGGAUACGAUGAGAUUCAGGAAAAUGUAGACCUGAUGAACGUUCCUGAGGUGGUUUCACCGGAGGAUAAAGCUAACCCCUUCCAGCUGCUCAUCAGCUUACUCUGUGGGAAAUUACUGAAGGGCUCUCAAAAAGUGCUGACAGCUCGGACAGGGGUUGAGAUCCAAAGUAGGGUGAUCAGAAAGAAGGUGGCUCUGCGCGGCUUUUCCCCAGAUCACCUAAAGACCUACAUUGAUCUGCACUUUAAGGAGCAGGAGCACAGACAACUGGUGUCUGUUCAGCUGGAUGCCAGCCCCCACCUCUGUGGACUGUGCUCCACCCCGCUAUUCUGCUGGAUUGUAUUUAAGAGCUUUAGGCACCUGCACACACUGCACGACAGUUUUCAUCUGCCUGAAACCUGCAUCACGCUCACCGAUAUCUUCCUCCUGCUGUCUGAGGUGUUCCUCAGCCACUCCGCUUCACCUGCUUCAUCUUUGCUAAAGAAAAGCACACGCUGCACCUCAGACACAUUCAAAGCAGGGCUCAGGCCUCUUGCUGCAUUUGCCAAGAUGGCAUUUCAGGGUAUGGAGAGAGGUAGCUUCAUUUGCAGCCAAGAGGAGCUCAGUGAGUGUGGUCUGAUGGAUGAAGAUCUAACUCUCGGCUUUCUUAGACCUGUUAGUGAGAAAGAUGCCAGUGGAAGCCCUGCUACCUUUGAAUUCCUCCACGUCACCCUUCAGUCUUUCUUGGCAGCUUUUGCUUUGGUGUUGGAUGAGCAGGCUGCUGCCAGCUCCAUCCUCAAGUUCUUCACUGAGUGCAGCAGGAGAAGAAAGGUAUCCUGUCUGCCUUUUGAUUUCUGCAUGAAUGGCUCUUCAAAGCCCAGCGAAAAGAAGCCGUUUGCCACAGAUGAGCACCUUCAGUUCACUAAUCUGUUCCUGUGUGGACUGCUGUCCAAGGCUCAGAGGGGCUUAAUGGGGCAUCUGGUGUCUCCUGCCUUACUGAAGAAAAAACGGGCCUUGCUUAAGUCUUACCUGUCCACAAGUGUCAAGGUCCACUUACAUGGCUUACCCCACUACAAUAGUAGAGAAGGCAAGAAAGUUCAUGUUUUGCCCAACUUCCUGUGGAUACUGAGGUGCAUCUUUGAGACGGGGAGCAAAGACAUUGCUCAGAUGACGGCAAAAGGCAUCACGGCCGGCUUUAUCAAGCUGGGUUACUGUAAUGUGUACUCGGGUGACUGCACUGCCCUGAACUUUGUGCUGCAGCACCGUCAGAAACUCCUGGGGCUCGACAUGGAUAACAACAACAUCAGCGACUAUGGGGUGAAGCAGCUCAAGCCUUCCUUUUGCAAGAUGACAGUAGUGAGAUUGUGUGUGAAUCACCUGUCGGAUAGCAGCAUUGAGAUUCUUGCAGAGGAGCUGUGUAAACACAAAGUUGUGGAGGUUUUGGGGCUUUACAACAAUCACAUCACAGAUGUUGGGGCCAGGCUGGUCGCUCAGAUUAUUGAAGAAUGCCCAAAGCUGCAAGUUGUCAAGAUUGGCAAAAACAAGAUCACUGGUGUUGGUGGGAGGCAUCUGGCCAACGCCAUAAAGAAGAACUCUUCAAUAUUUGAAGUGGGAAUGUGGGGGAACAGCAUUGGUGACGAGGGUGCAGAAGCAUUUGCAGAAGCUUUGAGGAACCACCCGAGCCUUACCAACCUCAGUCUGUCAGCCAAUGGCAUCACAUCCAGAGGUGGGAAGGUCCUGGCAGAAGCACUGAAAGAGAACAGGGUACUCAGGAUAUUCUGGUUGGUGCAGAAUGAGAUCGCUGAUGAUGCGGCGCCACACUUGGCUGACAUGAUUCAAGCAAACACUGGUUUGACCCACCUGUGGUUAAUCAGCAACCAGUUCACUGUGGACGGGAUCAGACUCCUCGCCGAGGCCCUUACUCACAACGAGGGACUCAAAGAGAUAUGUGUGAAAGGAAACCAGCUGUCUGAAGAGGACGAGCAUCAGUUCGAGUCGGUGGUGCAGCUGCGCUUCUGCUGACCGAGGACCUCACGUGAACAUGCACAGAACAGCCUGUGUAGUUGUGUAGUGUUGUACACUGAUUUGCUUUGCUGCACCAGCAGCUUUCUCAGUUUUUUAUUCCUUCCCAUUCUUGAGGAAAAAAAGCAGAAUUUGUACUUUUUUAAUCACUGAACAGAAUUUCUGUUUCAUGUUGGGGAAGUUCAUCUAAAAUUUCAACAAAUGUUAGUUUGACAUAAAAUAGGAAGUGGAAACUUAAAGAGAAGUAUAUUAUAUGUUGACUUCCUCAUAUGAACACAUUUUGUAUGCAUUUCUAUAUGAUUUUUAUUUAUUUGACUGUUACUCGAGGUGUUGUUUUCCCAAGAUUGUGAAUUUCCUAUGUUCCAGUAUAAAU